GACACCUACAGCACACUUCUUCAGACUCUCACAUUAGGUGCUUUUCAGAGUCAGUUUAAAAUAAUCUAAAAAUGGAGAAAACAGAUUUAUUUAACCAUCCUGGGGUGAAAAAGACUAUUCUGUAUGGUGGACAGGGUCCUCUACCCCAUUUUCCAAACGGUACUAAGUUGGUGUUUCAUUUCCAGACACUACUGGACAAUUUUGAGAGGACAGUGAUCGAUGACAGUCGCAGAAACAAGCAGCCUACAGAGAUUUUUGUGGGGAAAAUGUUCAAGAUGGAGUUGUGGGAGGUGCUGUUAACUUCUAUGAGGGUUGGUGAGGUGGCAGAGUUCUGGUGUGAUGCUAUUCACACGGGUCUUUAUCCCCUGGUUGCUAAAGGGAUGCGUUUGGCUGCACAGGGCAAAGAUCCACUGGAAGGCCAGAAGCAUAUGUGUGGUAUGGGCAAUGUAUACACGUACCAUUCCACAGGCUUUCCUGAGCUUGAUGAUCUGAUGAGGGAGCCACAGCCUCUAAUGUUCAUCAUGGAGCUUAUCUCGGUAGGUGAGCCAUUCUCCUACUUUCGUGAGUCUUGGCUCAUGGAGAAGGAUGAGAAGAUGCAGCUUGUCCCUAUCCUUCACCGCCAAGGCAACAGUCUUGUGCGGGAGAAAUGCUACCAUGAAGCAUCUGAGAAAUACAAGGAGGCCGUGUUACUGUUACGCACUGUCCAAUCAAGGGAAAUGCCUGGAGAUGAGGACUAUAUUAAGCUGAGCAAGCUUAUUAUUCCUUUGGUGCUCAACUACUGCCAAUGCAUGCUAGAGCUAGAAGAAUACUAUGAAGUAAUAAAGCACACCACAGAACUAAUAGAGAAGCAUAAAGACUGUGUAAAGGCUUUCUACAAACGUGCCAAAGCUUAUGCUGCUGUUUGGAGUGAGAAGGAAGCCAAAAGGGACUUUUUGAUGGUGGCCAACCUGGACAUAACUCUGGCUAGGCUGGUUCAGAAAGAGCUGAAGCUUCUUUCAGAAAGAAUGAAGAAGAAAUACUGGAAGGAUAAACAUACAUACUGGAACAUAUUUGAAAAGUCAAAGAGGAAUGAGGAUGAGACGAAAACUGUGAAUUGGAAUGAGAAUUUGCAGUUUUCUCAGUCAAAGGUUAAAAAGGAACAGGAGUGUGAGAGUACAGGAACAAAGACACAAAGCAGGCAAUUGGAAGGGCAAAAAUCAGAAGUUGAUCAGAAAAUUGCUGCUCACACUGAAGAUAUGAAUUGGCAACAGUUGUUACGUAUGAUUAUGCUGCUCCAGGAUGAAGGGAUGUUUAAUAUUAAAGAGCAGCAUUUUGCUGUGGCCAUGAAGAAAUUUAAAAAUGCCCUGGAGUAUGUAGACUAUAUUCAAAGCAAGGCAGUGUAUAAUGAAGAGGACUGGGAAUCCCUGGAAAAAGUGCGCCUGCCACUUACCCUCAACUUAAGCCAGUGCAAUUUGGAGCUUGGGAAAUACCAAGAAGUGGUCAGACUCAACAGCCAACUACUAAAAAAUCAACCAGACAACCUAAAAGCCAUCUAUCAGCGUGCUCGUGCCUAUUCAGCCCUGUACAAUGAAGACAAAGCCAGACAGGAUUUCUUUAGAGCAGAGCGCCUUGACCCCAAGCUCAAGCCCAUUGUCAAUCAGGAACUAAAAAAGCUAGGUGAAAAUCUCCGGGCUAAGCAUGUAAGUGAGAACAAAAAUUACUGGGCCCACAGCCAAGAGAAGUGGGAACAGAAGGCCCAGGCCAAGAAAGGAAAGAAAAAGUAUUUGCAAUUGGCUGACAAGAAAAAAGUCACAGAAUAGAUCUACGAGGAAGAACAAGAAAUGAAGAUAGCAAAGGACAAAAGAACUUAGCCAUACAGAAAAUGAAGCAACACAAGAUAUGAAGACAAACAUCUUAAAUGAAGAGCACACACGCUUUCUGCCUUUUAAAGAGGGGAAUGUUGAGCCUGUAGAUAAAUAUUAGGAAUACUCAAGCACAGAAAAUGUUGGUUAUAAAAAAUACUUAAGGUUGGAUACAAUUAGUCAGAUCAAGGAAGACUCACAAAUCUACCACAAAAGGCUGUUUAAAAAACUGUUGAAAACACAGGGGCUACAAAGACUCAACAAAUGGCACUGAUGAACACGGAUAUUUAAGCUACGUGUGAUCUAUCACAGUGUUACGGUUUUAGGCAACACUUUGAUACAUCUGAAUGCCGUGAAACCCGGGAAAGGAAAAUAACACAGCAAGCACAUACAGUAGAGAAAAAAACUAUUUCUUAAAUAUUGGAGGUCCUACCACAGUUGUAGAAAUGGAAAUUAAUAAAUUGGUGAUCCCUAGUUGGACUACAGAGGUUCCUAGAUUGAUGGAUGGUGUCUAGAUGGAUCCUCCAAAGCCAAAGCAUAAUCUGAACAUUGUGUACAGAAAUUCUAACAAACCGAAAAAAAAAAGAAAAACUGUUAAAAAAUUUAUUUAUAGACAUCAGUCAUGUAAGAAGACACAGAAAUCAUUAUGUAUAAGAAAUACAAGUUUAUUUCACUGUAAUCAAUGUGUAGAAAGCAGCCAUUAAUCCACUCACUUUUUAAAAGUUUUUUUUUCUGUUUAUUAUUUACUUUUUUCACAAACUGUAUUAUAUAAAUUAAUUAAAGGGGAAAUGGACAGAGAAUAAAUUAUGUAAAAUGUCUUUAAGUUUUUUUUAAGCAAUGGGUAAUUUGAAGGGAUUGAGUAUAAACAAACUGGAGAAAACUGACAGUGGAGUUAUGAAGUUACAUACCUGCAUGAGACGAUAUUAGAUUUUUUUAAGCAAAACAAAACCAGAUUGUUUUGCAGAACAACAGGUCUUUAUCUUAAUAAACAAAUGCAUUUUCAUUAGUGUAGAUAAAAAUGGCAGGGCCAAUCUUAGCCAUACUGUAGCAUGUAAAACCACGCAUCAACAUGAAUCUGCACCACAUAACAAAUAAAAUUAAAUGAAUAAACUUGAAAGAAAAUGGGUUUAAGUUAUAAUCAUACUAAAUAAAUCAGACAAAAAAUAUGUACAGUAAAUUCAACAAUGCAUAGCAAGAUUUUUUAAAUUAAGUUUUUGCUACUAUGCCAGGUCUGAAAACUUUAACAUUUGUGUAUGCAUGGUGUUCCCAGUGCCAGAAUGCUUCAGUAUAUUAAAUGACUUAUGGAUUUUCCUUUCAUAUAUAUGCUUUUCUUGUAUAUGCCACAUGACAUAUGAAUAACAAGACUAGAAUUAUUAUGCUUUUUUAACUUUAAGUCUUAAUGCGAUAAAAAGGUAUCCCAGCUGGAUGCAGCAGUUGUUAAUUUUAAUACAACAGUCAUGCCAGCUAAGCAGUGACUAGUGGUUUUGGGCAAGGAGGUGCACACUCUUAGUUGUCUCCUCACAUUAUACUCCACACUAUGUGCAUAUCCUUUUUUUUUAUGAAUGACAAACUGCUUUUCCAGAGAGCAACUGGCAGUAGCAGGUCUUAUAGGACAAUCCCCUUAGCAACUUUAUUCAAACAAUUAAUGUACUGUAUGUCCAUGUCAAAUGCAAACCUUCCUGUUUAUGAAAAGGCUUGAGUGCAGUGAAGUGGGAUUUAAAGUUAUAUACUGUACAUGCUCUGUAAGCCAGGUUUUAGGGUGAUGUUUGUCCAAGGACGGGUAAUGAAAUUUUAGAAAGCAGUGCUUUGUCACAUGAAGCAGUAUUCACAUGAAAAAGAAAUUAAAUUAAUCUCUGUUCUCCUGUCUUCCUCUCAGUAGCAAACUCUACAGUACUGUUAUAAAAACAAAACAAAAAACAGAAAA